GUAGAAGGAAAUGAAAGAGGCGUUUGGAUUGCAAAGGAAAGAAAGAAAAUAAGAGAAAUGGAGUUAGAGAAAGUGAAGAGAUACCUGGAGAAAGGAGAUUAUGAUGAUCAGAACAAGAACAAGAACAAAUCCGCCAUUGAAGGAAUGCCUCUGAGGUUCUUCGAACGCUUUAUAAUGCAAGGCAUUCACGUUGACCUCGUUGAACGCGGCCGUCUUCUUUGCUCCAUGAAAGUCCCUCCUCGUCUUCUGAACUCUGGCAAUUUCUUGCACGGCGGAGCGACUGCUACGCUGGUGGACUUGGUGGGUUCAGCUGUCAUAUUCACAGUCGGAGCUCCUUUCACCGGAGUUUCUGUUGAGAUCAACGUUUCUUAUUUGGAUGCUGCUUAUCUUGACGAAGAAAUUGAAAUUGAGGCGAAGGUUUUACGAGUUGGCAAGGCUGUUGGAGUUGUCAGUGUUGAGCUGAGAAAGAAGAAAACUGGGAAAAUUAUUGCUCAGGGGCGUCACACCAAGUACCUUGCUUUUAGCAGUAAAAUGUAAAUGGCCACUUAAUUUGCAGCUUCUCCAUAAUAUUUCAAUUUCUUCAUUGGAAGCAAUGUUUUUAACACAUGGUACCCUAUAUAUGAUGAUGCGUUAUAGUGUGGAUAUUGUAUAUGUUCCACUGAGAAAGCAGUUGUGAGCAAA